AUGGGAUUGCAGGCCGCCCUAGAGGAUGAGGUACCCAUUGGCGCAGUUCUUGUUCUCGACGGGAAGGUACUAGCAAGGGCGCAUAACAAAGUGGAGGCCUAUAAGGAUCCUACAGCUCAUGCAGAGAUGCUUGUCAUUCGAGAGGCUGCGGCACAGCAGCAGGGGCGGUGGUACUUGCGGGAUGCCACUCUGUAUGUGACACUGGAACCCUGUGCCAUGUGCGCUGGAGCCGUCCUGGUAUCUCGUGUGGGUGCGGUAGUAUAUGGAGCCAGAAACUCACGACUUGGGGCAGACGGGAGCUGGACAAGGCUCUUCCCUUAUUGUGAGGGUUCACUAGCAGAGAGCGGGGGUGAGGAAGGUUCACAGCGGUGGCCAGGGUCUCCACAUGCAACUCAUCCAGACCUGCAGGUCAGACGAGGCGUACUGGCAGAUGAGUGUGGAUUGGUUGUCCAGCAAUUCUUCCAAAGACGAAGAUCCGAGAACAAAUUGACGAAUUAA